AUCCAGAGAUAAUUCGUCGUUUAACGAAGAUCGUAUCGAAGAGUUUUUCGAUAUAAAUUCACCGUUGUUCCGAAUCGCGUACAUCGUUCUCAUUAUCUUAUCGCCGUUUCGAGAGUGUCUGCGAUAGAGAGAGAGAGAGAGGCGUCGCGGAGGAGGAGGAGAGGUGUGUAGUCCGCGUUGCGGCGUCGUUGCGAGUGUUGCGCAACCGUAGCGACCGGUCGCGAAUAAUGAAGUCGAAGACGAGCGAAAAUUUGAUCGCGAGUGAAAGUAACGGGGUGAAGAGGGACCAGGAACUCAAGCAGAAACAACUGAAGAAGGGUAAAACGUUCUGCCAGUCUUGCAAGAAGAAGUGCAGCGGGGAGGUGCUACGAGUGCAGGACAAGUAUUUCCACAUAGGGUGUUUCAAGUGUGCUCAGUGCAACUCGAGCUUAGCGCAGGGUGGCUUUUUCGCUCGUGAGGGCUCUUACUACUGCACCAAGGAUUACAGGGAACGCUGGGGGACGAAGUGCGCUGGCUGUGGCGAAUACGUCGAAGGAGACGUGGUCACCGCCGGCGACAAGCACGCCUUUCAUCCAAAUUGUUUCCACUGUCAGAGAUGCAGACAACCUCUGUUAGGCCAGGGAACUAAAGUGUCCCUCGUUCAGGGUCAAGCUCUGUGUCAUCGAUGCGUCGGUAUCCCGGUUCGAGAGGCCUCGACGCCGGUCGGGAAUAGCGCUAACACCAGAGGAUCGGCAGACGGGCCAUCUGACCCUGGUGCCUGCGCUGGUUGCGGAAACCAAUUACGGGAAGGACAGGCUUUGGUCGCGCUCGAUCGACAGUGGCACGUAUGGUGUUUCAAGUGCCACAGCUGUGACACCGUGCUCCACGGCGAGUACAUGGGAAAAGAUGGUGUGCCUUACUGCGAGAAGGAUUAUCAGAAGCAGUUCGGCGUGAAGUGUGCCUACUGCAAUCGUUACAUCAGCGGCAAGGUGCUUCAGGCCGGGGACAAUCAUCAUUUCCAUCCAACCUGUGCUCGGUGCACCAAAUGCGGCGAUCCUUUCGGUGACGGCGAGGAGAUGUACUUGCAGGGCGCGGCCAUUUGGCAUCCGCGGUGCGGUCCGGGGCCCAGUGGGCCUAACGGCAUAGUAAACGGCCACGGCGAAGCUCACACGCCCCAGCAUCGAGAGUCUGAGAGGAUCUCGAGCAGUGCUUCAGAGAUGCAGUUUUCAUUGCGGUCACGCACGCCAAGCCUGAACGGAUCACUCUGCAGCCCUUACAGCAGCCUCAGUCGCAAGUAUUACCCCGCGCGAACUGGCAGUCCCGGAUUGAUAUUGCGAGAGUACGGCCGCGGUCCAUCCGAAGACGUGUCUAGGAUUUAUACUUACUCGUACUUGACCGAAACGCCCAGCCAAGGAUACUUGAGACGUCCUAUACAGCCGUACGACAAACCACCGACUAGCCCACACUUUCAUCGACCCAGCUCGUCACGUUCGAUAAGAAGCAGCGGCGGACGCAGCAGCCGAUCUGGAAUGCGAGCUCUGGUCGAUGCUCUCAGCGAGACCAGACCGAAGUCACCGGCCAGUCAAGUAGAUAAUGACGAGCCAAUAGAGCUGGCGCAUUAUCCGGACGCCAUGAAACCUCCUCCUGGAGCCAAGCCGCCGAUCGAGAGGGACGAUUUCCCUGCUCCACCUUAUCCUUACACGGAUCCUGAGCGACGUAGACGAUGGUCCGACACUUACAAGGGUGUACCUGCGUCGGACGACGAGGACGAGGUGGAUAACAACAAGACGUAUAUAAAGGAGGUGGAGGAGAAGCUAAAGAAGGAACACGACGAGCUGAGUAAAAUCGACACUGGGAUAGCGAAGGUGUUCUUGCAAGAUCGUGAGAAGGAUCGGGAGAAUUUGAGACACAAAGCGGCGAACGUGGAUCCUAGGAACGCAUCGAGAACACCAUCGGCUGCCAGGGAACCGACUUAUAGAUUACGAUACGAGAGUCCAGUUGGCGCGUCGCCAUCGAGAAAUAUAGAUCACGCCAGACCGUGGGAAGACGAUGAUGGCUUCAGUUACAGGUCGAGCGUAGGGCCAAGUUACAACGUUGGGAGGUCAUCGGCACGUUCCCCGGCUCCCAGAAACUAUCCACCCCUUGGUACUCAACGCGCCUUCACUCUUCCAAACGCCGCUAGGCACUAUCAUUCGGGUGAUUAUUCGUUCAGUGGGAUGGGCGACAAGACGCACAGCACUGAUUUCUCAUCUGGCAAAUCAGAUAUAUCGACAGGCAGCAUCACGGAUGUGGAUCGACGGGCAUUGGUAUGUACUACAGCCCCAUACUACUCCCGGCGAAUUAGCAUGAAUGAUGGUGGUAUGCUGCCAUCAUCCACCACGUAUACAGGUGGCCUAGGUUCGGGAGUCGGAAGUCACGUGGGCCAUCAUGUAAGAAGAUCGUUGCCAGACAUGGGAACAGCGCCGUCCGAACCGCCGAAACUCUAUCCUUACCACUUACUUGUCAUCACUAACUACAGGCUGCCCGCUGACGUGGAUCGUUGCAACCUCGAACGGCAUCUAUCCGACGCGGAAUUCGAGGCAGUUCUUCAGUUCAGCCGCGCCGAAUUCUACAGACUACCACAAUGGCGUCGUAACGAAAUCAAAAGACGUGCCCGACUGUUUUAACCGGCGACCAUCAGUCUACGCGUUCUACUUAUUACCUUCAUCGUGUCACGACUCUGUUACCGUGCUAUAGAGUGUACAUUCCUUCGACGUGGUAGAUGUUGUAUCAUGAGAGAGAAGAGGGAACACGUGUUGGAGGAAAUCGACGAUCAAUUUUCUCUUCACAAAACCCAUCCGCGAUCCGUAUAUAUAGAUAUAUAUCAGAGCAUCGUUAUCGUCGCGGAUGUAACAAUAAUUGUGUGAUCCUUCGUCACACGCUUAUAUACACGCAAACAAACACUCACACAGAGAGAAAGACACAUUACACGCAUAUUGGUCGUUCACACGACGACACGUUUAUACAUGAACACGGAAACACAGAGAACCACUGCCAUUCGUCGUCAAUUCUGUUCUCUCAGCAGCGAAUCCACAGGCAGCUUGAAACUCUCUGAUCGUUGAAUUAAAUGAUAAAGAGAGAAAUUAUCACCACCCUGUGACUUCGGUGCUCCUUUCGGGAGAAUCUUUGCUGUUCGUAAAAACCUAGAAAAAUGAAGAAAAAAAUAUUAUUAUUAUAUCUUUAUCCCGUUUCUGUGAUUGGCAGAAGGAGAAGAAGCUGCUAAGAAUAAGUCGGUAAAAGACGAGACAGUGUGAAGAAGAAGGUGUGAGAACGUUUCGAACGUUCGAUUGUCCGACGUUGUUAUCGAAAGAAGAUAUACCGUUCGUAUAUCGAUCACUGCUAACAACCGUGUACAAUUGUUUCUCGCAAAAUGGAAACGGUUCGACGAGAAGGAAGGAAGAAAAAGAGAGAGAAUUAUCUCUUAUCCUGUAAUCUAGCAUGUAAUCCAAUUUUCAUCGAUCAUGUGAUUUUCACGGUUUCGAAGGAAGAGAUUCGAGAAGAAGAAGAAGAAGGCGGGGUAGAUGGGUAAUCAUUUUAGAGAAGUGGCCGAAACGAGGAGAGACAUCAGGAUCGUCGUCUGAAGUUUUAUCGUUUAACUUGGAGGAACGUCAUCUUCGUGACUUUACGUCGACGAAUUAAAAGAAGAAAAAAAAAAACAAAAAAAGAGGAAAGACGCGGAAGAUUCGAA